UGUGGGUGUAUCAAAGAUGGCGAUUUGGGAUGGACUUUUUCGAUAAUUAUCGAAUUGUUGGCCGCCUUACACCUCCAAAUUUACGCCUAUCAAUGUUAUAACGCAAUCAAGAUUAGCCCACCAGAGAAAUGUCUGACGUUGUCAUACGGGAGGGCUUCCUCUGUCCAAUAUGCAUGAAAGAUCUUGGCACAGUCGCUCAGCUUCAGCAACACUUUGAGGAGGCUCACAGCACAGAAGACAAAGCCGUAUUACAACAGUUGAAAGAUCUUUUCGGAAAAGCCAAGAAGAAGAUAUUAGGUUUAGAUGAGGAAGAGGAACAAUUUGGGGCCUAUGGCGGGGAGGUUGCCAAGUCUUUGCCAAUCAGACAGAGGUCUGUGGACGCUGGUGGAAUUGACCCCACCCUUUGGGAGCCUCAGGAGCUUGGUGCUAUCAAAUCGCACACUGAUGUGUUCAAGCAUAUACGAGAUUCAAGAAUAGACCGAUUUGUUGUGGAGACGAACAAGCUCCUGAUUCGGUUAGAUAAACUCUUGUCAUCAGAUGCGCCAUCUGAAGAGAGGAAAAGAAGAGUGUACGAACAAAAGAUUGUGCCAUGGGCACCAGAUGCCGAUGUGAAUCUAUGCCCGACCUGCGGCAAGGCGUUUACAUUGACUCGACGCCGUCAUCACUGUCGUCUUUGUGGGGGAAUUAUGUGCAAUAAGUGUUCAGAGUUUCUGCCUUUUACGUUUGCAAAAAAAUUGACGAAUCCAGCUUUUCAGUUUGAGAGCGAGGGCGUGGGCUUCCUUCGGCGGUCGGGAAGCAACUCGAGUCUCAACUCCAUGGUCAACCCAGAAGGUGAUCCACACAUACGCACGUGUUGGGACUGUCGUGCUCUGCUCGAGAGAAGAGACAAACAGGUCGAGAGCAGGAAUACGCGCCCAGUGAUCAUGGAUCUUUAUGAUAAACUUAAGAUGUGUACGUGUGAAGCCGACUUCUCCUUACCCGAUUUCAAGAAAAUGGCCGAUUCACUGAACGCUGGUGAGAAUGCAUACAGCCUCCAGGAAGCGACCAACACAAGGAACAAACUCAUUAAAUUAUAUGACAAUAUUGACUUGAUCAGCAAAAGAAUACAGGGGCUUGGCAUGAAUCACGAAGAACAACCACACCCAAAAGUUGUUCAGCUCCAAAAAUUUAUCCGAAUAUACGCUAGUCAUUAUCUGCAUGAUAAUAUGUUGACAUUACAAUCACUGCCUGGCGAAGUCGAACUGCAGAAACUACAAGAUGAACGCGAGCGAGAGGUGCAGCGUAAAAUUGCGAUUGAACGUCAAGCGGCCAUUGAGGCACGCGAGAAAGACGCACGUGAUAAAGACGGGCGAGAAAAACGUCGACAAAAUUCUUUAACACCUGAUCAGACGAGGACGAUAUUAGACCAGGACGCUUCGAGUGUUGUGCGAGAUUCGGGAUGGAUCCCGGCCGAUGUCAACCAGCGGGCUCACAGUAACUCGGAUCCCAUGGUGCAACAGAUGAAUAUCAUACGUGAAUAUAUUAAACAGGCCCGUAAAGCUAAUAAACUUGACGAGGUGAAAAUGCUGGAGGAGAAUCUGCAAGAUCUUCAGAAGGAGUAUUAUAAACAAAUGGGCCACGGUUUCUCGUCACAGAAUACGAGCUGAUCAAUAGGGGUACUGUCGAGUUAUUGUGGUUUAGUAGCUCAGACUCGCUAGCAGUCUGGAGGUACCUGGUUCGAACCCCGCAGUUGGCAUGACUCUAGGCAGGUGAAUUUCAGACUUCAGGGAUGUCAAAUUUCAGAUUUUAGGUGGAUUUUUAGACUUUUAUCUCUAACUAAAUGCUAGAUUUAAUCGUUGAACUGGAAUGAUCUUGUCUCAAGUCUCAGUGGAACUUUGAAUUUUCCGAUUUGUAGCAAAUAAGCAUUUUAGAGACAUGUAAGAGGUAUUUUGGUGCAAGAGAUUGCUGAUCAACGGAAAAGAUUUUUCCAAGAAAUACGUUUUGGCUCAGCUUAUUGGCAUCUUCUUGCCUUAUUUCACCGAUGUGUAUCAACGGGUAUGCAGAAAUGCUCAGGUUCUAGCCCUGAAUAGUCGGCUUAUCUCGGGCUGAGUGAAGGGUUUAGGGAAAGGCUGGAGUUGAAAGUACGAAGAUGAAAACCCCUACCAUUGUUGAUCAAAUUUAUGACUAUGAUUUACAAGCCCAAAAUUUUCACUUUAAGACAUUUUACUAUACCGUAGAAAGAUUGGUCACAGUAUAGCUGGAGGAUUGAUUACGGGGCAACUCGGCCUAUUACCAACUCGGCCUACCAACUCGGCCUGGGCUAUAAAUCAUUGGUUUAUUGGCAUAAGUUUUCCUUAUAUUUUUUUUUUAUGUUGCUAUACAUAUAGGCCUACUAUUCAUUCAUUCCUGGUGGAAAUUUGAAGAGAAUUCAUCAAGAUUUGGAGGAGAAAUCCAAGAAAUCACAGUCAUGAAUGUGCAUUUUGAGUGCUACCGCGACUUUUCCACACUCGCCGCCGUUAUUUCAUGGAUUUCUCCUUCAAAUCCCAAUGAAAUUUCUUCAAAUUUCCAACAGGAAUGCAUA